CUAAUGGAUUACUAGUCAGAUUAGUGUUCGGAUUUUUAUCUUUUCGUCGUACAUAUGUUUUGAUAGAGUCGAGGAAAUUUGUUUUCAGAGAUAAGAGAGAGAUCAGGAAGAGAAAGAGAUUUUUUGGUGGCUAGUACGGUAGUACCUCCUUCAUCGAUCGUUGAACUUAAGGUGUUAGUGUGGAUACCUGCAGAGAUUUAAAUCGUAAGAACGGAUUUUCUACUAAAAGGAUAUGGAUCAAGGUUGUAGCUUUAUUGCGCAAAGCUUUCUUUUGCUUGGUGAUUGUUUACCUAGUGACGUUGUACAAAAAGAAGAUUAUGGUGACGAUUAUGAUUAUUGGAGUAAUCUUCCCCCUGAUAUUCUUGAGGUUAUAGUGGGGAAGUUUAGUUAUCUCCGUGACUAUUACAGAUUCAUUGCUGUCUGCAGAUCAUGGAGGGAUUCACUUAGUAACUUCAAGAAGCCAUGUCUGCCUCUCACCGAAUAUCCGUUCCUUCUUCUUGCGGAAGAUGUUGCUCCAGGAGCUAUGCUUGAAUAUGACCCUAGUCAAGAUUAUAGUGAAGUAGAAGAUAAUAAUGAUGAGGACAAUGAUAGUGGUGAUGAUGAAGGCGACAAUGAUGUUAGUGGUGGUGAUGAUGAAGAAGAAGAUAGCAGUGAUGAUGAGGAUGGUAGUGACAAUGGUGAUGAGAAUCACGAAGAAGACAAUAGUGGUGAUGAUGAAGACAAUGACAAGAUAGAUUAUACGAAGGCAUUUAAAUAUGAUCAUAAUAAAAUUUCAGUCGGUAGUCGUCGUGGUUUCUACAGUCUUUUGACGGGAAAAACAUACUAUAUUGAUUUGCCGGAAGCUGCUGGAAGACUAAUAGUGGGGACCAAUAAAGGGUGGCUAGUAACUCUAGGCAGGGAUCUGCAAAUGAACCUUUUGCAUCCUCUCUUAAACUACCAAAUCUUGCUUCCACCCAUGCUUACCUUUCCUCUGCAAAUGCCCUACGAUGAAGACUACGGGCCUGAAAAUUACUCCGACAUGUUUAUUUCAAAAGUUGUUGUAUAUUCCAGUGUACUCAACGUAAAUUCAGCUUUCGGAUUAUAUCCUCGCCAUGCUUGCCCUUCACCAUAUGUAAUGGCUAUAUAUGGGGACUAUUAUAAAUUAGGGUUUGCUAGAUUGGGAGACAAAGUUUGGACAGAUGUGUGCGUUCCAGCGUUCAACUUCAGUGAUAUUGUUUACCACAAAGGAAAUGUUUAUGCAGUAAACUGCCAUGGGAAUAUAUUUGUGUGUGGUUGUGAUGGUGAUGAAGAGGGACGACACAUCAGGGGAAGAGAAAUUGCAUGGCUUGAAAGUAAAGAUUGGGAAAAGAAGUACUUAGUUGAACCAACAUCAGGAUCUGGUCUUCUGCUACUUGUGCGCUACCGUAAGGAAUUGCGGCUCAAGUACCGCACUACUCAUUUCUCCGUGUGGAGGUUGGAUUUGAAAUAUUCUGAUUCUCUUAAAGAUAUUACAUGUUCUUUGAAACAAGAGAAAGAAUUGGGAAAGGAGUCAAUAUUUGUUGGCAAUGCUUCAUCCACGGCUGUAUCAUCGUCAGAAAUCAUGAAGCCAAACUGUAUCUAUUUUACGGACGACAACAAGGAACCCUACUACCAUGAAGGAGGCGGGCAUGAUAUGGGGAUUUUCAGCAUGGAACAUCACACAAUUGAACCUCAUUUUCAAGGAAAAUCAUACCAUCCUGUCUCCCCUCCUCUUUGGUUGUGCCUAUCAGAACCUUUAACAGUCAGUGUUCAUCAGACCUCCAAGGGCAGGUAGCUGCAGCCACAAAAGCUGAAUUUAAUGAGAUCGGUGAAAUCGUGAACAAAUAUAUACACAUCUGCAAUAGAUGUUCAUCUGGUCAGGCAAAUUGGUGCUCUAGUUGAAAUGAUGUGUUGAUACUGAGAUGAUUGCCAAGUGGCAAGUACAAGGAUGAAUUUGCCGAGUUGCUGACAUUCAGGGGUGUAUUUAAUGGGGAUUUUUUUUUCAUUUAUGAAUUCCGAGGGUAUUCAAUUUGAAUUUUGUAGAAUUGUGUGGCGCCUGCGAAGAAGCUUCACGCGCUUAUUGUGGCAGAGGCUGUUGUGGGUAUAGUUGGUAAGGAAUGUUCUUUUGGUCCAAUGAAUUUGCCUGGUGUGGAAGAGGCUGUUGUGCCGGGGGAUAGGUGUGUGUUGCUUGUUUUGGAGUCGUCUAGGAUUGAGAUUGCUGUUCUUCUUAAUGACUUGGCUUAUUUGAAGUUUGAAGCUUCAGAGAGUUCUUUGGCUGACAAUAAUGUUGUUUCGAAGGAAAGGAAUCUUUGUGUCGUGUUUUCAUUGGUGGAAAUUAUUGUCAAAAUGAUUGCAGGUGUUGCUGAAGAUGAAGGUAAUGUUAUUAACGAAAGUACUUUCAUUAAAAUUAUAAAUGGGCUUAAUGAGACGACUGGGGUCAUCCUUGAGUAUAUACAAGAUGCGAAGGUUUAUGGACAAAGAAAACGAGAUGAUCUCCUUGCUUCAGUGCGGGUUAUUGGGAGUUAUCUUGCAGAAACCCCUGAUGCAUGCAAGGAUAAGGCCACUACAAUUGUGAAUAGCCAGUAGGGGUCCUGGUCCCUGGCCUACAUAUGUCAGGGACCUGUUAACCAACACAUAACUUUUUGGCCGUUGGAUGAAUAUCCAGCGGCUAGGAUUGUAACAAAAGUUUAAUAAGUUCAGCGCUUUUUAAUCGCUGGACAUGCCUAGAGUUUCGGAAAAUGUAAGGGACUCAAGAAUGCCUAAUUCAUCUAAGGCAGGCAUUUCUUUUAGGAGUCAGCCAUGUUGUAAUUUUAGAACUCGGGGUUGUGGUUAUGGGACUAGUUGUCGUUAUUCUCAUGAGUUUCGCGGAAUAGACCAAGGUGAACUGGUGGUAAAGGAGAUAGGACUUGGCUACAAUAAUGUGUGCAAGUGGUAUUCCAGUGGGAAACCUGCCCGUAUGGCAAUAGGUCGUUUUCCUCAUGAAGAUGCUAAGAAUGGUGUGGACGAGUUUAGGAAGAGUCAUGCCAUUAGCAUUGCUGGUUAUAAUCGCUCGAGUUUGAAGCAAGACAAUAGAUUUGGGGGAUCAAGUUUUGGGGCUAAACAGGAUAAUAGGCCUGUGGAUGUAAGCUUGAGGGCAAACCAAGCACAUCAACGACAAAUGUCUUGGAAGACGAGGCUGUGCAACAAGUGGGAAACAGUAAAUGAGUGUCUAUAUGGCUCAAAAUGAUUCUUUGCUCAUGGAUUGGAAGAACUUCUUCCUGGACCAAGUGCAAGAAAUAGGAAUCUAUCUUUAAGAUCUGUUGCUGGUCUUGCUAAGGAUGAAAAGAACGGGGUUGCUUAAGUGGAAGGUAAGGAAAAAUGCUCCAUCAGGUGGAAGACAGUAAAUAAGCUCGUGGGCAUCUAUGCUGAUUGGAUUGAGGACGUGCCUUCUCAGCCUGAUAUGUGAUUACCUAUCAUUUUUUCGCUUUUUGGUGUCUCCUAUGCCCUCUACAACUACCCUGAUGAAACAUUGGCUUAUUUUCAGCUUGCUCAUGGAUAUUACUAUCUGGGCAUUAAUAUUAGAUAUGGUAGAUGUUAAUAGAAAAUCUCUCUACUUUAUAAAUCCUACUACCUUUUUUCCUACGAAAUGUGUACUUUGUCCCUCUACAAAUUUUGUAUUUACGUUUAUACGGCCAUUGGCCACGUGGCUUCCUCCUUACCACUUAUCCUCUCUUAAUUUCAAACUCAUGUUGCGUGUACUCUCUCCUCUCCCGUAAACACUCAAAUUCAAACUCGCUGCAGUGUGCUCUUUUUCUAGGGUUUCAAGCGCGGCAUCACCGCUGGAAAAUCAACUCUCCGAUUCAAUCUUUCUCUCUCGCCGGACUCCGAUUCAAUCUUUCUCUCUCUCUGGACCUGGUUUCAAGGCGCCGCUCCGAAAUCAAUUCUCCGAUUAAAUCUAUCUCUCUCGCCGAAGAUGGUUGUAGUAAUGGAGCCACAAUAAGUGAUAAGUGGAGGGAUUCAUCAAGACAUAUAAUUCAUGACAAUAUCUUUGUAAAUGGUGCUCUACGCCCUUUGGUUUCAAUAUCCAUUCUAAUUUGCAUGUGACAUGAUCGCCAUGUGAUCGCGUUCAAGGAAAAUUCAAGGUCUUUUGCAAAUUUGCACCUUUAAAUCAAGGUGGCCUAUUUAGAACGAAGCGCAGCCGCAGAUCCUCUCUCAGUCCUAUACAGCCCGAUGGAUGCUUCAUCGAACCGAAGCCCUCUUUUCAAUAUCUCCCCCAAGUCUUAUGAUGGUUGAUUAGGUGGUUAGUUAACAUUUUAUCAAAUUUUUUUAAACAGGAUGUUAUUUGUCCCCAUUCUAAUAAUGUUAUAAGUACCUAUUUUGAAACUGAUAUGUGAUUGUUUGCUGUUAGAUACCGUGUUCCAAAGGAAUCACCAAUCUUUUCUCAGUCCUAAUCGUCCUCACACUGAUUCAUCAAAUAACAGUAUAAAGCUCCAUCCUUCACAUCUUCCACAUGUGGUUCUGAUUAAGGUUGAUAGGAUUCUGGUGGCUUCGAUUGUGAGUCAAGUUAGUUUUUCUGAUAAGUUGUCUGCCGGUUGUGCAGCCUAUAUCAGCUUCAGAAUUAGCUAUGAAGGAUUUGAAGUUGGGGGCUAAAGUUGUUAUUUCACCUGUAUCAGUGAUGGAUUUUAACAAUACUGAAGAACUUGAACAAUAUGUGUUUGCGAUAUUUGUCUGGAUGACAAUCUAUAGUUUAAAGUGUUUACAGUAUGAUAACUAUAUAAUUUAAACCGAAAGCUACUGAUGUUGCAAUCUCUUGAAGGUUCUCCUUUAUGGCUAAUGUUAUGCCAAAAUUAAUCAUCUACGUUACACUUUAGUCCUGCAAGAAGAUAGCACUUAAUGUAUGUCCUAAAUGUAAUUGGAAGUCGUCUAGAGUUCCUUAAAAAGCUCUACGUGCUGGCUACAGGUUCUCUACCAUUGAAGCAGGUGACAGGAACUCUGCGGAAACAAUUGCUAUGUGCUCACAUCAAUUCCUUUUGCAGUUCUCGGAUACAAAGCCCCAAGGAUGUAGAAAAGAUCUGAACUGUAAGCUUUAUGCUCAUUCAUUGAUUGGAGUAGGAGUUGCUUCAAGUUUGUACUUCAAGAGGCAGAUUUCUUUUCACAUUUGAGAUGGGCUGACUAUGCAAUAUUUUGUUUACAUUGGAGAUCUAUUCUUACCAUUCAAGUGUAUUGUCUCAGUAGAUUUUCAUCGAUCAAGAUAAUUUGUUAAGACUUAUAGAACAUCAUAAUGCUAGGCACUACUGUUAAACCAACACGGUGUCUAUCAAGGGCUCUCCGGGAUGAAAACCCAAAGCUUUUAAUGGUAGCAUCGGCUUUGAUUUUACCUAUCCAGCCUCUAAAGGUGUCAGCUGUUCACACGGGAACGAUGGAGCUUGCAUUUGCGAAAAGAGCCCUUAAAGAUUCCAAAACUCAAGAUGGCAUACAAUGUACAUAAGAUGUCAUCACUACUAGGCUGCGCAGAUGAUGCCUUCCCUCAGACUCCCUUCAUGCUGCCUGGCACCUGCAACAAGCUUUUAGAGUAGUAGUUGAAUUAAUGUGUUGCAAGGGUUAAUCCUUACUGGGAGACUUUGUUAUUGUUGUGCUUGAAGAGAAAGAUAGCCGGUAGAGGAAAUAACACUUAAAUAUUUAACAUAAUAAAAUAACAUUUAAACAUGUGAAAUUCAUGUUUUAUUAAUAUAUUGUUAAUCAGUUUUUGUUAAAAAAAUUUAAAAA